GACGCUUCCCCCGCCGAGGCUCCCCCGAGGACGGCUGGCUCUCUCCCCGGUCAGCGUCAUGCGCGGCGGCUGGCGGAGGACCAAGACCCGGCGCCCAGAGCCCUUCUCCAUCGCUCGCUGCCCAGAGAGACCUGGCAGGUUGCUCCCAUGACCUUCAGAUCCCCGCAGCAUGAAGGUCAAAGUGAUCUCAAUCCUGGAAGAUAACUACAUGUACCUGAUCAUCGAGGAAGACACCCGGCAGGCCCUUGCAGUGGAUGCGGCUGUUCCCAAACGGUUAUUAGAAAUCAUUCAGAAGGAAGACGUCAGUCUGAAGGCCAUCCUCACAACUCAUCAUCACUGGGAUCAUGCCCGGGGUAAUGAAGAACUGGCACAGCUAUAUCCUGGUCUGGCAGUGUACGGUGGGGAUGAGCGAGUUGGCGCCUUGACACACCGGGUGACUCACAAUGAGGAGUUGAAGUUUGGCAGCAUCAACGUGCGCUGCCUCUUGACACCGGGCCACACCGCAGGGCACGUCUGCUAUUUCGUGUGGGAAGAUGACUCACCAGAUGCUCCUGCAGCCUUCACAGGUGACACCUUAUUUGUGGGUGGCUGCGGGAGAAUUUUGGAAGGGACACCUGAACAGAUGCACAAGAAUCUGACAGACGUACUGGGUGCACUGCCGAAGGAGACGAAAGUAUUCUGUGGACAUGAGUAUACAGCCCGGAAUUUGAAAUUUGCUCUGAGAGUGGAGCCUGAGAACGAAACUGUGAAGGAGAGACUUGCGUGGGCCAAAUUACGGGACGAUGAAGACUUGCCCACGGUGCCUUCUACAUUGGGAGAGGAAUUUCUCUACAACCCUUUCCUUCGUGUCCUGGAAGACUCUGUCCAGAAGUUCACUGGCAAAACUCACCCCAUUGAGGUCUUUGCCGCCCUCUGCAAGGCCAGAGACAGCUUCCGGAAGCCAAAAGAAAUGCUGAACCCUCAAGCCAUGCUGGCCUUUGAGUGGGGGCUCUUUGAUCCACUCUUGGAGAAGAAGUGAGCCCCCCCUCUCUCUCCUUGUACAGCUGAUGGACAGAAAGGCAUGCCUGGAUCACUUCUCUAGUCUUACUACCACCUUUUCCGUGCUUCUGUGAAAGAGACUUUGGAGCAGAGACACAUAGAGUCAAGAGAUCUCUAAAAACCAGAUGCUGACUGUGCUGGGGUUUCGAGUGAACAUUAAAGGUGCCAAGCAAGGUGCAAAAUCUUUUUAGGGAUUAGAGUUCAGACGACUUAUCACCUCACUGAUGUGGCAGCCACUGCUUGUAACCAGCAGCCAGAAUAUGCCCAUCUCCAUUUGAAGAGCCUUCACAACACCAGGCUGGUCCUGUUUUGAAGGUGCCUCUCCCACACUUCCUCCACAUUUGCAGCUACUAAAGAUGACAUCCAACAAACACUAACGCACCAGCCUUUGGCUACAUCAAACUCUACGUAAGAGUCCACACAAGAUAAGCUAAUGCAACACAACCUCACUGCUGCUUCCUGUGUGCUCACAAGGCCUGUGUGUCCCUCCUGCUUCUUUUGCAGGUCAGGAGGUUGAGGGUAGCUGGAAAGGGAAAACACAAAGAGGGGCCAAAUGUUUUGUCCCCCGAUUUCUGACUCUGGAUUUCUCAGUGUGGCAUUGAGUCUCACUGUUAACAUCUUGCUCCUGUGCCGGACAAGCUGUUAGAAUGACAAGGCUGCGCAUGUCAGAUGUAAAUACAGAUGAGUAAAAUUGGGGAAGAAAGGGGACACCGUCUUAAAUUGGUGCCUGUGAAUCAGUAACAAGCCAUUCCUUUCUGUCACUUCUGAAUAAAGGGGCUUUUUAAAAUGA